AUGUCAGGCACUCCAGCAGGCCCCGGCGGUGUCCUUCGUCUUCAGUCGGCCGAAGACAUCGAAUGGGACCUGACCACAGAGUUCGACGAGGCAAGAUGUCGCGAUUACCUUGAGAGAGUUGGUGAGACAGUCGUUCCAAAGUAUCCAUACAGCAUCGGUAUCGAAGAAGUGUAUGCAUGUCUCCAUGUCAAGUAUGGCGACGACGGCAUCAGCGAUGCUAUGUCGGUGUUCCACGAGAUCCUCGAAGAGGCGAGCUCCUCGCAUGUUGGCAUGCCUGACCAGAUCUUUCAGCCAUGGAAGAACUUCUGGCGACUGAGAAACUCACAACCACUGAACCCAUUCGUGCCCAAGACAGGUCGUCUCAUUCUACCGCCUGCCACUCCAGUUGAGAUUCGACGCAUUAGAGCGCAGAACUUCAUCAGCAACCACCCUGUCGAGAUCUUCAGCAGUGAAGCGACUUCUGAUUCGGCUCCGAGUGCUGUGGACGAUGUCGAUGCGAUCAACACAGUCGAGCCCACCAUCUUUGAAGGAAGCAACUCGGCUGGUGACUCACCUCAGUCUGUCGAACGGGACCCCGUACCAGCAUAUGCUUCUCAGCGGUACAAGACUCUCGAAAGCCAAGUAGCAGCAAGCGCCGCCGAAGAGCGUGGACCUAUCAUACGCUAUGGCAACGUUGCUGCCCGUCGUCCGACAAUGUCCACCUCUGCGUCACUGAGCACUGUGCAACCACAGUCAGCAUUGCUCGAGUCGCCCAACUUUGAUCCUGACACUCGCAAGGCCUGGGAGUCACGGACGACCGCUACCCCAAGACCCAGUCAGUCUGUCAGAGAAUCGAGCGACUCUUUUGUACUACCAGCGACUCGAUACCUACGGGAAGAGCGCAACGACCAGCAAGAGACUGUCCAGGAGCCAGUCAAUGCAGGCCCCGACUGGAGUCGACUAAGUCCUGAAGAGGUCCUUGCUAUGCGUCCGAAGUCCUUCGCGGAGAGCUUGCGCAGAAACAAUGCCGCGUUCGGACCCCGUGCUUGCGACCCACCUUUACAGCUCCAAGACACUGAUGUCGAGUCGAGGUCCAAUCGUGUCUGGAAAGACUACCGGGUGACACCGGAGCCGCUGAAUGUCCGGAAGACGCGUCGCAACGCUAAUAUUAUCGGAGGCGACAUCAGAACUGAAGUUGGGUCACCCGAGGACUUUAUCGAACUUGGUGGUAACGAGGCUGCCAAGCCCAACGCAGGUGACUCGGCAAGCCUUUCUUUCACUCAGACAGAAGCAUCGAGUGCCAACAAUGAGAAGCCUCGCAAAAUUCGACUGUUCAAGCGACUCCACCUUGGUCGCAAGCGCACGACAAUUGCGCCCACCACUCGUCGCACCUCAAAAUUUGCAGAGCUAUUGUGCUGCCUUCCACCUUUCCCACAACCACAACAAGAGGAGCCUGAGCCGAUCGAAGAGCCACCCUACCGACCACGUGAGAUGCACAUGUGGCAUGACGGCGCUGCUUCGCCAGAAUCAACUGCAUCGACUCAACUCAACAAGCCUCUACCGCUUAGUCCUGGCGAUCGAGCAAGAUUGAGCUAUCUACGACGUAGUAAAAGUGCGUCGCCUUCACGUCCGAUCAGUAGCGACACUGCAAAGCUCACGGUCUCGACUACUUCUACUCAAUCAGUCACAAGCAAGCAAGACUUCCAAGCGAUCACAAAAGAUCUCCUACGUCCGCAGAAGAUGGAGAACUCGCCUUCCCUGCCUCAUCCUCGCAGUCGCAAAGCUAUUGCUGGCAUCAACGUUGAGCUAAAGAAGUACAGACAGAAUCCUCCUCCUCCUUUGUCAUUCCACAACAUUGCCAAAAGCAAUCCCUUCACUGAUGUGCCGAUUGUUGUCUCUCCAACCACAGCGACUCGGCGAGCUGCACCUGCGCAAGCGUUUCCCACCGAUGCACCACCAAUUCCAAGCCUGCCAUCAUCUCGCUCAGCUCCUAGCUUUCAAGACUUCUCUCCUGCUCAAUCUACUCAUCCGAUGAGCUCUUACACCACUCAAUAUGCUAGAACACCUUCUACCAGUCCACAGAAGUCCACCUCCGAUCAUGAAGAGCCUCGUGGUCGGGGCCCGGUACGCAGCCAGAAUCAAUAUACCGAAGCUGGAAUUCCUGAGAGCAGUCGCAGUCCGGUCAAGCCUGUCAAGCGGUCAAGAUCCCCCGUCAAGCGCUUGCUAGGCAUUGGUAAGACUACACCGAGCAAAGAGCCUUUUCAGAGACAAGGUUCAGAUCAAGCCCCAAACAGCAGUGCCAAGCGCAGCCUCAAGGAGUGGACUUCACGACUCAAGAACGGCUUCGCUACGUUCGAUGCCGCUGAAGAAGAUCGCGAAGCUCACAUGGAAGAGCACAUUCGUCAGAGUACUGAACCCAAGAUCCUUCCAGCGCAGUCGUUCCCAAUUUCCUUGGAUCCUUCCUACCAAGCCCGUCUCACUGCAGACCUGGAAUUGAUGGUAGUCAUCUGCGCCAACCGAUUCAUUCUUCGGGAAGCCAAGGCUGGCCGUAUCUCGCCCCUUAGCAUUGCCAGAGUCCGCCAGGAGUGGGAGGACAAGAAUCGCGCUCAGGUCGUGGAAUAUCAAUACGAUCAGGGCACUCAACGCCGUCUGAUUCUCGAGAACCUGGGACAAGUCGAGUUCUGUGGAGACAUUGCUCAUGAUCACGUCGCAAUGACUGCUGCUCUGUACGCUUGGGGAGUCAUGGCCAACGAGAUGCUGGUCCGAACUUUCUGUGCAGGCGAUAGCGUCAUCCGCAAGUGGCUCAACGACAUUCCGCGCAUCUUUGAGAUGUUGGGCGCGCCAUACAUCACCUUCCAGAUCUUUGAGAAGGUACAGACAAAGACGUUGCUCGUCAUCGGGGAGCGCCAGCGCCUUGCUCGGGAGGCCUCUGGCGAGAUCCCACGCGACCAGGAUCUGUCUCUGCGCUCCCGUUCCCGCCACGGCCACAGCCGGAACGCGAGCACGGAUAGCUACAUCCAUGGCCUUUAUGGCAGCAUGGAAGCGCAGAUGCAGGCUCUUGAUCCUGUUCCUGCUGCUGUUGUUCCGGCUCCGAGCCAGAACUCGAUCCUGGGUGGAGCGGGAGGACGUCGUGGUGGUUUUUGA